UGUCAGAUCUGAGUUGGAGAAUCUUAAGCUUAGUGAAAAAGAAAGCAUCCAACAAACAAUUCAGAAUGAAGAUGUCAAUGAGUUGGAUAAUAGAAUUAAUAAAACAGACGAAAAACUUUUGAAAAUUAGUCCUUUGUUGAAAGCAAAUUACGACAAUAUUCAGGAUAUUAAAAUUAGCAUUUUGAAAAUAAUUACGAAUCUCUAUGAAGACGAAGAAAACAUAGAAAAUAGUAUAGAAAAAGAAUUUUCUUUGAUCCAAAACCGUACUGCUUUGCUCCACGAAAAAUGUUUUAAAGAAAAAGAAUCACUUAUAGAGGAACUUAAUAAAAAACACACUGAGAAUGAAGAAAAAGAUAUUAACUUAGAUUUAAAUUCGAUCAAUAGUGAAGAAAUAAAGAAUUUACUGCUAAAAGAACGAAAAAAAGUCAAAAACUUACUUAACGAAAAUAUUCUGAUGGAGGAUAAGAUAACCAUUUUAAAAUCAGAGAUCGAAAAUUUGGAACGGAAUCGUGGCAAGCAAAUAGAGGUUUUCCUGAAGAAAAUUGCUCGUUUAAGAAUCAAAUUGAAAGGAAAAGAUUUGGAAAAAUUUACUUUCGUUGAUCAAAAGUUGUUUAAACAGACUGAAAAAUCUUUAGAUGAAUGUUUGGUAAAGUACAGAAAACUUCUGAGGGAUGUCGAAGAUUUACAGAAUGAAACAUCUUUGGAACUGUCAGUUUUAACGAGGAAUGAAGAAGAUUUGAGAAAAGAAAAUAUAGAACUAAAGGAACGAUAUCAAAAUUUAUCCUGCCAACUUCAAGACAUUAUUAAAACUAAAGAAUUAUCUUUGUUGACCGAAAAGAUAGGCAUUGCCGAGAUGCAAGCUGUCAAAGAAAAAAAUCGGGCGGAUCAUAUGAAUAAUUUGUAUGAUUUGGUUAAAGAACAAUUGAGGAAAUCCGAAGAAAAAUUGGUGGAAUUUUCUAAACAAGCUGAAGGAUUGGCGCAGAAAAACUUGGCGUUACAGGCACAAAUCAGGGAAUCCCAGAGUGAAGUAGUUUUUAACGAGAUUUUGGAACGUUUCCAGGAACUGAAGCUGGAAUUUGAGAAUUCGACGAAAGAACAAGAAAAAGAAGUUUUAACAGAAGACAAAGAAACGUUUGAAAGUGAUAUUCAGAAGUGGGAUAACCAGAAACAUCAGCAAUUACUAGAACUCAAGCAUCAGAUUAUUGAUCUAACGGCUUCUUCCGAUGAUAAAUAUCAAAUUCAGCGACUUCAUUAUGAUUUGGGAAGGUAUAAGUCUUCAGAAAGGGAUUGGUCUAUUAAAAUUAAUCGCCUAGAAGAAGAAUUAAAUCUUUGGAAAAACAAAUUUGUCGAAAUCAGUUCACAAAUUGAAAAAGUAGACCGAGAUCAUCAAAUAUCUGAAAAAAUGUCACAGAAAAAAGUGAGUGAUCUAAGAAGAAUAAUCAAACUACAACAUAUACAAUUCUGUAGGAAAUAUACCGUUGAUUGGAGAAGAAAUAUUUGUGGGAAAAUUAUUGGCACUGAACAAAGAACAGCACCGUUUUCCUUAAGUUUCAAUGAAAUUAAGAAACAUUGA